AUGCCUCGAGUUGUCAGUCAAAUUUUUGGCUCGCAGUGGGAGAAAGAUGGCCCAACGACUCCCACUGGAAGAUUCUUUAAGCAAUAUGCUGACGCGGUCGAUUCGAGAGGCUAUGAUGGUGGCUCGGGCCUCAAGUUCUACUCUAAAGAUGUCACCUUCCACAACCAAAAUAAUGCCGUAUAUCACGGGGGUGAUGAGAUGUGGGCCUGGAUGAAGAAACUCUUUGGAGUUUUUGAACGAAUCCAUCACGACUGGGUCCAAUUCCUCGAGAUCGAACGCGACGACGGCAGGAGCCAGAUCUACAGCCAGAACGUUCGAAACCUCUGGCUUCGCGGAAACAAAGGGGAGAAGCCCACUGUCAGCAUCCCGGUAACUAUGAUUGCCAUUAUAGGGAAAAGCGAUGAUGAGAACACGCCCGAGGGAUUGCAUUUCAAGGAGGUGUGGCUUUAUUGGGAUACUGCUCUUCUCUUGCCAUUUCUUCCGAAGGAAGCUGUUGUCUUUCAAACGUCGAACAUUCUGCGUGCUGGAGAAGAGGAGGUUUAG